AUGGGGAGGUCUCCUUGCUGCGACGAGAAUGGCCUGAAGAAGGGCCCCUGGACUCAAGAGGAAGAUGAGAAGCUGCUGCACUACAUCCAGACGAACGGCCAUGGCAGCUGGAGGACCCUACCGAGGCUGGCCGGUCUGAACCGGUGCGGCAAGAGCUGCCGGCUGCGGUGGACCAACUACCUGCGGCCGGACAUCAAGCGGGGCAAGUUCUCGCAGGAGGAGGAGCAGACCAUCCUCCACCUGCACUCCGUCCUGGGCAACAAGUGGUCCGCCAUCGCCACGCACCUCCCCGGCCGCACCGACAACGAGAUCAAGAACUUCUGGAACACGCACCUCAAGAAGCGCCUCAUCCAGAUGGGCUUCGACCCCAUGACGCACCGCCCGCGCACCGACUUCUUCGCCGCGCUCCCGCAGCUCAUCGCGCUCGCCGCGCUCCGCGAACAGCUCGGCGGUACCGCCGUCGCCGAUCAGUCAUCCGGCGCCGGCGCCGCCGGCGUGGCCAUCUUCGAACAGGCCGCCAAGCUCCAGUACCUGCAGUCCCUCCUCCAGUCCGCGGCCACCACCAUCGCAGCCGCCUCCUCCGCUCCGUCGUCCGACACCGAGGCGGCGGGGGCGGCGGCUCUCGCUCUCGGCGCCAUCUGCUCACCGCAACUGACGGCGCUUGACAGUUCUACUACCACUACUGCCCCCGUGUCGUCGUCCGUGGACAACGCCAGCGGCCAGCUAUUACCAUGCACGUUCCCGGCCGAGGCGCCCGUCAGCAGUGAAGAAGAUGAAACCAAAAACCAGCAACAGCAAACAGGCCUCAGCAGCUAUGGCCUCAGCUGCCGCGCUGAUGAUGUCGUUGACGUGUUCGCGUGCCACGGUGGCAACUCAUCGCUGCCGGCCCUGACCGACCUCUCCGACGCGGCCAGCAACCUGCCGGUGGACGGUUGCAUCAUGCGCAGCGCCACGGCCUCUUCCAGCUUCGGUGGCGGCUCCAGCUGCAGCCCGCUCCCUUGGCCGGAGUUGUUCUUCCCAGACGACCCUUUCAUCACUGAUUUCCUAUGA